AUGAAAAUGGCGGUUGAUGGACAAAAAUUCAUGACAAAAACCCAACAUUAUCGCAAAGUAACGAAACCUUUGCUAGAACGAAAACGAAGAGCCCGCAUGAAUCUCUAUUUGGAGGAACUUAAGGAAUUAAUAGUGGAUACCAUGGAACAACAAGGUGAACAUGUCAACAAACUGGAGAAGGCCGACAUACUUGAAAUGACUGUUAGUUAUUUGAGAACUCAAAAGGGAGCAGAACAGCCGCAACAACCCACCACAAAUGACUUAACAAAAAGUCCCUUAAAUGUGGAGAAAUUCCGUGAGGGUUACACUCAGGCAGCCUAUGAAGUUUCCAAAGUAUUCUCAACUGUACCCGGCUUAAAUGUAGACUUUGGCACCAGACUUAUGAAACAUUUGGGUUAUCAGCUCAAGGAUUUAAAACAACAAUUGUUUACGGCAAACAACGGCGAACAACAGCAGCAACCCUUAAUCAUAAAGGAUAAACAACAUGAUAAUCAAAUGGAUUUGAAAGACGAUGAUGUCUGGCGUCCUUGGUAGUGCUUAAAGCUGGAUACACCAUCUUAUUUAUGAGCUUUAAUCCUUUGAUUAGGAAUUCCAACAUACAAAUUAUUUUAAUACAUUAAACCAGCUUUAUUAGUAGUUAAGAAAAUCCCAACUUCCAGUUUCAAAUAUUGAUGUACAACUUAAUUAUAAUUAUUUUUUUUAGCUUUUAUUUAUAAUUUAUUAUGUAUAAUUAUGUUUGUGAUAUUUUGUGAUAGUUUUAAGUUAAUACCUACAUACAUAACGAGUUUAUCCUCACAAGCUUUAAGGAUCUCUUUACAAACAAAAAGUAUUCCAUUUAAGGUUUAAGUUCUUAGCAAUUAAGUUUCACAAUGAUCUUCCAUUUAUAUUUGAUUGAAUUAAAUAAAAAUAUAUAUUGACAAGAAAACAUAUUAAA